AUGAAGUUUCUAAACAUUGUGUUGAGAGAAAUCCUAAUCUAUUUAGAAUUUGAAGAUAUUCAGAAGUCCAAACUCCACUUGGUCAACAAACAGUUCUAUCAUAAUAUUAUUGAAGACAAUGAGCUCCUCAGAAGAAUGUUGCUUCAAAAAAUUACCUUAGUCAUGGACUAUGAUAAAGAAGAACAGUACCACAGAGAGGUAAUCCUAAACAACAAGAAUGAGCAAGCUGAAGAAUCAAAAAUAGAAGAACUUACUGCAGUUAAGUUUUACGAAGAUCCAAGAACCUCUCUGAUUCCGUUACUGCUUGAACUCCAGAAAGAGCAGGAGAGACUACUGCUGGUGUUUCAACGCACUAGUGGAGGUCACUACAAAGACUAUGAUAAAGUUGAGAAUGUAUUUCUAGACAAUGAAGAAAUGGAGAUCCAGUAUUAUUCAGCCCCUCAAGUAUUCUUUCCAAACGGCCUUUGUUGCCUCACAGGGAUUGUCUAUGGGACAGAGAGCAAAGAGCUCAAAUAUUGGCUCAGGGCUGUAGAUAUAAUAGAGCCUAAUUGUAAAAUUAAACUCAAAAGUCUUAUUGAUAGUGCAAUUAAACAGAGUGAUUCAUCCUUUGGAAUAAACAUUAUUAAUAUCCUUACCAAAACUGAGAGAGCUAUCAAAUCUGUACUUGAAAAUAACCUGAAUAAACUUUCUAUCUAUGAAAAUGGAAAAUAUAUACAGCACGAUAAGCAAGAUAAAUAAGGCAAAUCAUACUAAGAAAUUAAAGGAGAGGAACCAGACCUAUCAAUAUGAUACGUCUUGUUAUGACAAUUUAAUAAGACAGAAUCUAUUUUUGAUAAAGGAGAUAAAAGUAAUGGGAAAAAUUAUUUCUUCCUGCCCAAUCAAAGCAAUUGCUUUAUUUGUGCAUGAUUUUCCAACAAUUCCAGAGAAUCAUCCCUUGGUUUUGCUCACUCAGAAGGUAUAUGAUCUCUCCGAAUCAUUGUGGUCUAUUAGCAGAAGUUCAACUUCUUUCAGAGAAGCGUUAUACUAUAAGCAUUUCAUAAAAUGCUUCAGUGAAUUAUCAGAAAGCGGAUUGAUACCAAAAAUUAGUAGUAAUGCUUACAACUGGAUGGAGUUCGACCAAAAGUUUUACUUUAAAAAGUUUGAUUCAAAGCAGAAUUGUGAAGAAGAGAAGCUAGACUUCUCAAAAGCAGAUCUUAAUCAAGAAGAUACAUCAAAUAUUGAGGAAAUGUAUCAACAGUUAGAAGAAACGGACUAUUACAGAAUUAGACUUGCUGCAAUUGGAUAUGGCUUUGAUACCAAAAUAAAGGAAUACAAUUAUGAAUUUAAUCAGAUGAUUGCAGGAAGAUUCAUCACAGUCCUUGCUCUCGAUGCUACUACAGAUGAUGAUUACUUCUCGCAAGUAAAUAUUGGAGGAAUUUUUUUCAAAGGAAAAAUAAUUCCAAGCAUUCUUAAUUUUACUGAAUAAAAUUAUCCAAAGUCUUGCCCAGAAAUUAUGAUAUAUUAGAAGAUUUAUUUGGCAUGGGCUACAGGAAAUUUUCAAAUAAUUACCUGCCUACUUCUAAAAAUUAAAUCACAAUUACUGACCAGUUAAAAGGGCAGAUGAGUAAUCUUAAGUGUUAGGACCAAAUCGGUUAGUGUAAAUUCAUAGAUAACC